GCACCAUCAGUUCUUGUUUUAACAUACAAAUUCACAAUGAAGUUUGUAGUACUUUGUGCCUUAGUACUUUACUGCUCUUCGGAAGUGUUAGGUAAUCCUGAUAAACCACAAUGUAAAGGUAUAGCAUGUGAUAUACCAAUCUGCCCUCCUGGAUAUAUAUUGAAGUAUCCUGGACCUAAAGAUACUGCUUGUUGUCCCAAUUGCGAACCUAAACCGCAAUGUGAACGUAUACAAUGUGAUAUACCAACCUGUUCUCCUGGAUAUAUAUUGAAGUAUCCUGGACCUAAAGAUACUGCUUGUUGUCCCUAUUGCGAACUUCACAGACAAUGUGACCGUAUAAAAUGCGGUCCAGUAAAGUGCCCACCAGGAUCAAAUUUAAGACUUCGGCCUGGAGAUUGUUGUCUUUCCUGCGGACCACGCCGCUACUAAUAAUAACUAACCACUAACUACUACUACUAUUAGUUACUAACUAAUAAUAAAUCAAGGAAAUAUUGUAACUAUCAGAAACUAUCAAUAAGGGCAAAUGAAAAAUUACCAAUAAACUAUGAAUUGUGGCAAA